CAAUGGACAAGGAACAGUUUUCUCAAAAACCCUAGCUUAAUUCUCUUAAAUCUGCACUCCCACGCCGCCCGACUUCACCUAUUCCCUUCCUCUACGCCUUCUUCCAUCUUUUUUUCUGCGGCAGCUAUGGCGACGAACGGUGCAGCGAAUUCUGUUCAAUGCUUCGGACGCAAGAAGACAGCGGUCGCUGUUACUCAUUGCAAGGCCGGCAAGGGCUUGAUCAAGGUUAAUGGCGUCCCGAUUGAGCUCGUCAAACCAGAGAUUCUCCGUUACAAAGUCUUCGAGCCGAUCCUUCUCGCCGGCCUAGAGCGCUUCCGCGGCGUUGACAUGCGCAUCCGCGUUCGCGGCGGUGGUAAGACUUCUCAGAUUUACGCCAUUCGCCAGAGCAUAGCCAAAGCUCUUGUCGCUUAUUACCAGAAGUACGUGGACGAACACUCCAAGAAGGAGGUCAAGGACAUCUUCAUUAGGUAUGAUCGUACACUCCUAGUGGCUGAUCCUCGCCGCUGCGAGCCGAAGAAGUUUGGUGGACGCGGCGCUCGUGCGAGGUUCCAGAAAUCUUACCGUUAGAUCUACAGUUUGGAGCCUCUUCCAACUUUGUUUAUUUUUAAAUGGGGAUUACGCUGGAGGUUUGGAGCGUUUUUGAAUGAACUCUCUUAGCGCAACUUUGUUUCAGUAAAGGAAAACUUAUUUUAAUUCGUCUGCUUGAUGCUGCUUUUGCUGCCAGUUUGCCUUAUUUUAUCAUGCCAUGGAUGUUUAUAUUAUGAUAUUUGAGAUUGGAUGAAAGGGCUACAUGACUAAUUAUAUUUU